GCGGUGAUGAUAGGAAGGAGCCAUGUGUGGAUGUUGCGGCACAUUGUGGUGCUGUGGUCCUUGAUACUGAGCAUGUUCUUGAACCGGUGCUCCAUGUCCAUACUGCUGUUCUUGUUGCAGGUGUGGGUGAUGCAUUGCAUGGAAUGCUGGUACUUGGUGAUGGUGUUGCAUGGCUUGAGUAGGGACGCAGUAAGGAAGAAAGGAAGUUGAGAAGCGAUAAAGGCGUUGACCACUAUAGCUCGGUCCCUAUUAGGGAUCCGGUUCUAAUAUUGAGUGUAGGGUUGUGGA